AUGGCGCAGCCGACAGGAUCUGCAGAUGCGUCUUUCCCGAACGAAGAACGAGCGGCCACCACGGAGCCCAGCAGAACGCCAUCGGUGAACUCGGAGUCGACAUUCAUCUAUUCACCGGUGAAAUCAACUGUCCGCGAAGUUCUGAGCGCCUUGAAAAAGCAACAGCUGACUGACGAGCUGAGAAUGCGUGGACUUCCGUGCAGCGGCCGCAAGGACGAUCUCGUGACCCGUCUCCAAGACGACAACACUCGCCUCCAGACCGAAGCUGACGGCGACGACCACGAAAAGGCGGACUCCAAGGCGCCGGCUACGAUCGAGAGUCUGCGUGCAGAGGUUGACCAACUGCGACGGCUUCUAACCCAGCAACGAGGGUCACACGCUACGAGUGACACAACGGCGGCACCGAAGCCAACGCAGGCGCAAGCUGGGGACGAAACGGGCUCCCAACGUUUCGACGGGAUCCAAGCCCCCGCUACGGCAGCGAACCAACGGCCGGCAGAAGUCAACCGUGGCGCACCUCCACAGCCCUCGCCGGAGAACACCACCGCCACAGCUCCAGAAGGUACGCCAAGCAUGACUGAAAUCGUGGCCAUGUUCGCACGCGCGCAGCUGCAGAUGACGGAAGCGUUGUCGAGAAUGUCCGCGCCAGCUCCGCCCGUGCUGAUCCAGUCUACGAACGAUACUGCGUCCGCCAUCCCCGAGUACGACGGUGAUGUAAAACGAAAUGUCCAAACGUGGAUCACGCAGGUGGAACGCAUUGCUACGCUGGCCCACUGGUCCCCAUCACUGACGCUCGCAACGGCAGCAACCCGGCUGCAAGGUGCUGCAAAGGACCGGCACAGCUCUUACGGUAUGGCAUGUGAAACGUGGGACCGUUGGAAGGAAGCACUUGCCUCUCGUUUCGACCGGAAGCUAACAAUGCAGGAGUUCUUGGACCUGCAAGCUUCACGAAAACUGCGCAAUUCGGAGACCCUAGUGGAGUACAUGUACUCUAAAAAUGCUCUACUGGACAAGUCUCCGUACCCGCUGGCGAAUGAAGAGAGAAUUUCGCUGAUACUCAGCGGGAUCGAAGACGACACCUGGGCGAAUCCUCUGGCUGCACAGCCCUGCAGCAGCGUCAUUGAUUUGAUAGACCGCGCAGCGCUGCUCGACUCCAGGCGGCGUAAAGCAAUAACGACGCAACCAGCGCAGUGCCGACAAUCUCAAACUGGGCAACUGAGCCAACGAAACCAAAUGAGGAGCAGCUACGAGAACAGAGCGGCAGCUGACGACAGACGCCCCGAGCCGAGCGCUCAGUCAAUGCGGCGCGAACACCGAGAACCAGUUCGAGCUGCACGAGCACGAGCCUGCUUUAACUGCGGCAAUAUUGGACAUUUGUCGAGGGAGUGCACGAGACCCAAGACGGAGGCCACAAUCGACGCGGAACGACGCCGAGAAGCCAGAUAUGACGCAGGCAACGCCGGCACAACCUCCAGGCAAGCCAACUGCUUCCUGCAAUCGACGGGCGGCACCAUACCCAUCGUGAAGGGCUUCGUUGAGGGCCGACCGGUCAGAGUCUGCAUAGACAGCGGCUCCAACGUCUCCGUCCUCGGCGAGAGCUCCGUGGGCCCUGAGGUUCAUCCCCGACCUUGGACGUCUCCCGAAACGAUAGAAGUGCUCGAUCGGUGCAUCAGACCGGCGAGAGUGGCGACUCUGAACGUGACCAUCGGAACAUCCACCGUGCGGCUCGAGGAGGUGGUGAUCGCGCCCUUGCCAGGUGCCAUGGACCUGAUUCUUGGUUCGGACUGGCGCCGCGCUGCGAAUGUUGACGUCACGUUCCACCCCACUAACGACGUCACCCUCGUCCCCGUUCAGCCAUCGGUGAGUGAGCCAUCGGGUCACGCACCAAGCGCACACAGUGCGCAUCGCGUCGGAGAGACCCUAAUAACAGCCUUUAGCAAUCGCAGGGUCCUAGACGAACUACCGGAGAGCGAAAUCGGCUUCGUACAGCUAAAGACGAAGGACCCCGGUCCUGACGAAGAUUAUACCAAUCAGGUUGAAGAGGCAGUAUCCAAAAUGUCCCGCGACGCAAACGCCGACGAACGAGAUGAGCUACGCUCAAUUCUUUAUCGUCACCACAAGGCGUUCACCACCAGGAAGGACACGCUGGGGCUAUGCGCUCACGCUGAGCACAGCAUCGAUCUCAGGGACGAUAUUCCCGUCGUGUCAAGGCCGUACAGAUCCUGCCCCGCGGACCGCCAGUUUAUGAGAGAACAGGUCAAUGACUACCUAGCUAAAGGGAUCAUCCGACCGAGCCAGAGCCAGUACAGCGCGCCUACCAUUGUAGUGGAUCAACCACAUCACCCCACCACUCCCAAACGAAUGGUCCACGACUACAGAAAAUUGAACGAGAAAACCAUCAAUCCGCCUUACCCGAUGCCAAUCAUGGAAGAUGUAAUUGACGACAUCAUGAGGGACGGUUCGAAGUACUUCACUGUAUUGGAUGUGAUGUCGGCCUUUCUCACAGUGCGAGUGAAACCUGACGACAUUCACAAGACCGCGUUCGUGACGCCAGACGGAAAAUACGAAUACCUACGAAUGGCCUUUGGAUUUUGCAAAGCUCCGCAGACCAUACAGCAAAUAAUGCGCAACACGUUUGAUGGCUUGAAGAGAACAUCCACUUAUAUGGACGACGUCGGCCAGGGAGCAGCUACGGUCACUGAAGCGCUGUCAUUACUCGACGAGGCGCUGAGUAGGGUCAUCAUCAACGGUUUGAAGAUGGACAUCAGGAAGUGUCAGCUUGUCCGAGACCGAGUCUCAUUUCUGGGCUACGUUAUCUCCGCAGACGGUCGAACCUUAAACGAGGCGAGAGCCGCAGCCGUGGACAAGUUUGAGCCUGAGAGAAGCGCAAAGAAGUUGUAUUCGUUUCUGCAAUUUGCUAGCCAUUACCGCAAGUUCAUACCAGAGUUUUCGAAACUCACACACCCACUGCGACAACUGGUCUCGAAGGAUGUGCCAUUCAUCUGGUCGGGAACACACCAGGAUAUCGUGAACGAAAUCAAGAGAGCGUUUAAGAAUCCUCCGCUACUGGCAAACUUCUGUUCAGACUGCCCAACGCAAGUACACGUCGACGCAUCACAAACCGGACUCGGAACGAUACUGACCCAAACGCAAGAAAGAAGAGAACGGGUCAUCGAAUACGCAAGUCGAUCUCUGAACAAUCAUGACAGAGGGCACCUUGGACACCGAGGAAUUGACAUCGACGGACACGUGCGCCUGAGGACAGUCGCAAAUUUUGGGUAG